AUGGCAUUCAUAGAAACCACACCAUUUGCAUUAGUCACAUUAUCAAGUUUUAUACUUUUAUCAAUUCAAAAAAUUAGAAAACUUAAAAGUAAAAUUAAAAAAUUUCACGACAAUGACGAUAAGGAAGAUCAUAUAAUUAACAAUUAUUUUUCAACAAUUAAAAGAGACUCGAUUAAAACUUUAAUUUCAUUAAUUCAAUCAAUAUUAUUCACAUUUUUAUUGGUGUUAUCAGCUUUGACUUUUUUCAAAAGAUCAAAAAAAUUAAGUAGCACUCUUAACAAACACUUGACUUUAAUAUAUUUCACAUCGUUUCUAUCUUUACUAUGGCAAAUUCGUAAUCUUUCAGGUGGUGAUGAGAACCAAGGAAACAAUUGUUCCCUCGACCAAUGUAACAUUGACAUCCCAUUCGUCAUCACCAACACAAUCUUAUCUUUACUUGCCACCACCAUAGCAAUAACCACGCCAAGGGGUCCUCCAGAAUACGAUGAUAAUGGUCGUCUGGUUUCUCCAAACAGUUAUUCCUCAAUAUGGGAUUUCAUCACUUUCUCAACAAUGAAUCCGUUGAUGUGUAAGGCUUACAAAAAAGAUUCAUUAAGCGAUUCUGAUCUUGAUCAACUGCCACGUGAUUACCGCGCCUCGACCUUCAAUCGCAAAAAUGUUGCUUAUCAAAUUACAGCUACAGUAAUUGGAGCAUCCUUAUAUUAUGUUCCUAUAACUUUUCUUUACAGUUUUCUAAAUUUCAUUCAAACAAACCCUUCUUCACUUGGAUGGGGAUUCUUUUGUAUUUUUGGUAUGUUAAUAUCAAAUAUUUUGUAUUAUAUUUCAACCACCCAACAAUGGUAUUGGAGCGCAAGUGCAAUGCAAGUUAGUAUCAAAGGAAUGCUAAAUGCUGAAAUCUUUUCAAAAAGUUUAAGAUUAUCAUACAAUGCAAAUAAUGAUGAUGAAGCGGAAAAAAAUAGCAAAGACGAACAAAAGGAUUCAUCAUCGGAUAUGAAAGGUGUUGGAAAAAUUACAAAUCUGAUGACCGUUGAUUCUCAAAGAAUUGGUCAAUUUUCAAUGUGGUGGACAACUGCUUUGAUCGAUUGUCCAACUCAAAUUACAAUUGGUCUUUAUUUCUUGUACAGAUUAUUAGGCGUUGCUAGUAUCUUUGGUUUUAUGAUUAUGAUAGUUAUCAUACCUAUAAAUCAACAAACUGCAAAAUAUUUCGCUAAAACUCAAGAAAAAUUAAUGAAAGCAAGAGAUAAUCGUGUCAAUCUAAUGAACGAAUUAUUACAAGGUAUUAGAAUGAUAAAGUUUUUCGCAUGGGAAAAAAAUUGGACAAAGCAAGUUUUAGAAACAAGAGAGGUUGAAUUGGUUCAUCUUCGUAAAAACUUUUUGUUUCUAUUAGCAUUUAAUUUCAUUUGGCUAUUAUCACCAGUCCUGGUAUCUAUAGUAUCAUUUGCUGUGUUUUCAAAAAUUCAAGGAAAUGUUCUCACACCAUCUAUCGUUUUCACUUCAAUUGCCAUCUUUAAUGAAAUUCGUUUUGUCUUGAAUCAAUUACCUGAAGUUCUAAUGCAAGGAUUUCAAGCCUACGUCAGUUUAAAAAGAAUUGAAAAAUUCUUGGAUUCCGAAGAAAUCAUAGUCAUUGACAAUAAUAAAAGAGCUUUUGAAAAUGCUAAUAUUUCUUGGGGCAAACCAUCAUCAUCUCCUUCGACUAAUUCAAAAAUUGAUUUCAUCAUGAAAGAUCUAAACAUCGAAUUCCCCUUAGAAAAAUUAAGUAUAAUAUGUGGUCCAACUGGGUCCGGAAAAACUUUAUUACUAAUGGCACUUUUAGAAGAAACAAAUAUCAUUAGUGGAAAAGUAUAUUCUCCAAGAUCAUCAUCUAACAACGAUGUUUUCAAUCAAAAUAAUUCACCAUUGUUGCCUGCAAAUUGGAUAGUUGAUAAUAGUGUUGCUUACGUAGCUCAAGAAUCUUGGCUUCAAAAUGCCUCUAUACGUGAUAACAUAUUAUUUGGAUUACCCUAUAUCGAAAAACGUUAUAAUGAAGUGAUUAGUAUGUGUGCGUUGACUAGAGAUUUUGAAAUUUUGGAGGAUGGCGAUUUGACUGAGGUUGGAGAGAAAGGGCUUACACUUUCUGGUGGACAAAAGCAACGUUGUGCAUUAGCAAGAGCUGUUUAUUCAAGAGCAAAACAUAUUUUAAUAGAUGAUGCUUUAAGUGCUGUUGAUGCUCACACAGCUAAACACUUGAUUGAUGAUUGUAUUACUGGCUCAUUGAUGAAAGGUCGUACCAGGAUUCUUGUUACUCAUCAUAUUGGACUCGCAUUAUCAAAAGCUGAUUACUUGGUUGUAUUAGAAUCUGGUAAAGUGGUAACAAAUGGUGUAGUCGAUGAUUUACGUUCUUCUGGCGAAUUGUCUUCUGUGUUGAAAGAAGCAGAUAGCGAUGUUGACUUUAAUGAUUUAGCUGAAGCUGCUGCUGAAACAAUUCCACUAGAAAUUAAUAGCAAUAAUAAAAACCUUGGUAAAAUUAUGUUACAUCAAGGUGAACCUUCAACAUCUUCAUCUAUCACCGUAGUUAAUAAUGGUGAUAAUUCUAUAUCAGAAGAAUAUGACGAUGAAAUUUUGAUUAAAGAAGAAGAAAGAGCAAAAGGAACAGUUAAAUUGAACAUUUAUUUGAAAUAUUUUAAUGCAAAUGGUAAUUUAUUAUUUUGGAUUAUGGUGAUUUUCUUAUUUUUUACAACAAGAGCUGCACAAAUUAUUGAGAGUUGGUGGCUUAAAGUAUGGUCAAGUUCAAGUAGUAAAGAUCCUAGAAAUGUGACACAACAAUUAUUCAAUAUGACAACUUACAAUAUUAAUAAUGACAACGAUAACAACAACGUACUAUUAUAUGAUUUACCGUCAGUUCCAGAUUUUGAUUUAGAUGAUUCAAAUUAUUAUUUACUACCAUCCAUUACCAAUAAUAAUUACACAAUUAUUCGAGGCGACAAUCAUGAUGUAGAUUAUUAUUUCAACAUUUAUGUAUUGAUUACAAUGGCAUCCGUUGUACUUGGUAUCAUGAGAUUCUUAUGGUUGUAUUAUGGUUCACUAAGAGCUUCUAGAAAUCUUUACGAACAAUUACUUCACAGAGUUAUUAGAGCACCUCUUAGGUUUUUUGACACUACACCUGUUGGCAGAAUACUUAAUCGAUUUAGUAAAGAUUUUGAGACAAUCGACAGUAUUUUAAUUGGCGACUUGGCUUUAUUCUUAAACAAUGUGAUUAUGAUGAUCAGUACUGUAAUGGUUAUAACGGCUAUAACAAAAGAAUUUCUGAUCGCUUCGUCAUUGUUUGGCAUAUUGUAUAUUAUUGUUGGAUCAUUGUAUGCCAAAGCUUCCAGAGAAUUGAAGCGAAUAGACUCGGUAACAAAGUCACCAUUAUAUUCACAUUUUGGUGAAACACUGUUGGGUAUUACUACAAUUAGAGCAUUUGGGGCAAAAAAGAAAUUUAUGAUUGACAUGUUAACAAAAAUUGAUAAUAAUCAUCGACCAUUUUAUUUAAUGUGGUGUGUUAAUCGAUGGCUUAGUAUUCGUUUCAACGUUAUUGGGUCAUUUUUGAGUUUCCUUGCUGGCUUGUUUGUUUUGUUGAAUAUAGAUCAUAUUGAUGCAGGUUUGGCCGGGUUGUCGUUAUCGUUUGCCAUGACAUUUUCAAAACAAAUUAUGUGGUCAGUUAGGAAGUAUACUGCUUUGGAGAUGAGCUUGAAUGCGGUAGAACGAAUUGAUGAAUUUCUUCAUAUUCCACAAGAAGCACCGGAAAUUGUUAAUCCACGACCACCAGCUGCUUGGCCACAUAGUGGUAACAUUCAAUUUGAGAAUGUGGAGGUCAAGUAUGCACCUGAUUUGGAACCUGUUUUACAUCAUAUUAGUUUUAAUAUUCAAGGCCAAGAGAAAAUUGGAUUAGUUGGAAGAACUGGAUCAGGCAAAUCUACAAUAUCAUUAACUUUAUUUAGAUUUAUUGAACCAUCAGAUGGAAAUAUUUUUAUCGAUAAUAUUGACAUUGGAACUAUUGGUGUCGAAGACCUUAGAUCCAGAAUCACAAUUAUUCCACAAGAUCCAAUAUUAUUUACAGGAACGAUAAGAUCAAAUUUAGAUGCAUUUUCACAAUACAGAGAUUACGAAAUUUAUGAAGCAUUACAAAGAGUUCAUUUAUUGCCUUCAUCAUCAACCAAAGCAACUUCAUCAAUUUCAUCAUCAGAAAGAAAUAACGAUGAUGAUACAUCAAUAAUAAUGACAAAUGAUGAUGAUGUUAACAACGACAAUAUUAGCAUGUUUAGCAACUUAGAUACACCUAUUACAGAAGGUGGUAAAAAUUUUAGUCAAGGACAACGACAAUUAUUAUGUUUAGCUAGAGCUUUACUUAAACGAUCUAAAAUUAUACUAAUGGAUGAAGCUACAGCAAGUAUUGAUUUUGCUAUGGAUGAUAAAAUCCAAAAAAUGAUAAGAAAUGAGUUUGUUGAUUGCACUAUAUUGUGUAUUGCACAUAGAUUAAGAACCGUUAUUGACUAUGACAGAAUAUUAGUAUUAGAUCAAGGAAAUGUCGUAGAAUUUGACAGGCCAUACAAUCUCAUCACAGAUUCAAACUCAUUAUUUCAUAAAAUGUGCAAGAAUUCAGGAGAAUUUGAUACUUUACUAUCAUUAGUAUCCUCUAACAAAAAAUAA